GCUGUAGAAUUGCACUACUACUACCACAGAAGCGGCUGCUGGUUUGUGGUUUGUUUUUACUGUGCUCGUUGGUCAACUCGAGAUUAGAGAGUCAAGGGGAGAUCUCUCAACUCAGUUAGUGUUCCAGUAUGCAGAGUCUGUCAGUGCAGGCGCUGGCCCUGCGGCAGCUAGGCAGACUGAACUCCCUGCAGCUGCUCACACCGUGCCAAGCCUCUGGUCUCAGCAUGUGGUGCCCGCGAACAUUACACGCGCGUCAGUUGUGGGGUUCAGACACACCCCAGACACACCGGACAGCUAUGUGGCUGAAAUCAUGGGACACUCGGCAGAGCUGGUCUCUCCAUCAGACCCGGCUCAAGAGCACGAGAAAGAAAGGGAAGCAGAAAGCAGUGGAGCAGCAGGAGGAGGAGGAGGAACAGGAAGAUGCAGAGGCUAGUGAUUAUGAGGAUGAGCUUCCAGAUGACCCAGGCCUGCCAAAAGACUAUAAAGACCAUGAGAAAACUGUGCAGUCUCUACGUUUCGAUCUGGUUUUGAAGACUGGAUUGGACAUUGCACGAAAUGGUGUGGAGGAUGCUUUCUAUAACCUCAAAUUAAGACUGAAUGGUCAGAAACUCACCAAGAAGAGCAAAAUGGUUAAAGUUGGGGAUACACUGGAUCUGAUCCUAAAUGAGGACAAGGAAAUGGACACAAUCUUGCUGAAGAGAGUGAUCUUAAAAAAGGUGGUCGGGGAGACUAGAGAUGCAGAAAAGCAGAGAGUCCUUCUAAGAACCUGGAAACACCUACAACUUCCCAGAAAGGAUGUGUACAAGCAGUAAAGAUUAAUUUCCGUGACGAGUUUGAGACGUGAAAGAUCAGAAAAUAGGACAAAACUGGUAUUUCUUAUUCCACUCUCCAACCAUUUGAUUCUGAAACUGCAGAUUGAGGAUUUAAUGAGAUGUUUUCUAUGCCCAAAAAAUGAAAUGAUGUCUUUCUCACAUCUAUUCACUUGACAGUAGUUCUACUGUUUCAUACUACUUAAAGGAGUUUUUUUAACUUUACAGGUUGCAAAUGGAACACUUAUUAUUUAGCAGUGGUUUUGGUUAUAUAAAUUUUUUAAUUUUUUUCAUAAUACUUACUUGAUUCGCAAAAUAACAUUGUGGGAUGAAUCAGAUAGUGUUUGGGAUAUCGGUUGUUUUCUGAUCCCUUAUUUCGUUUUCAUCAUUAUCUUUAUGACAUUGGUAGGUUUUCAGUGAGCAGUUUUCAGAAAGGGCACAGAGUCCCUUUGUAUACAACUGCACUUAGAUUACCAGACAAAAAUGGGAAAUGUUAAAAGGUUUUUGCAGAGCAUUUAUGCCGAAAAUAAAUUUAAAAAAUGUGUCAAAACAAAUACAGUUUCUAAACUGUAUUUAUUUCUUUUUUUCUUCAUUAUAAUGGUCAGUGGUGGAUUAUUCAAAGAACAUACAUUUAUUCUUGAAAAACAUCAAAGAUAAAAUCUUCCCUUAGGUAUUUUUAUGAAUUUCUCUGACUGUAAAAGGCUCCUAUUGUCCCUCACUUGUGUAUCUGAAGUCAAAUAAAAAGGAACAUGUAACACA